AGAGACAUGCGAAUCUUGUGCCAUAAAGUGAAUUUUUCAGACAGUUUUAAAUAAAUUUCAAUUUUUUGCAAUAGUACAUUUAUAAAGUGAUUUUAUAAACCUUCUAUCUACAAUGAAUGAUCCCAGAUAUAGUCGAUUUCAUUAGAAAAUUUCUUGAUCUCACUUAAACGAAGACAGGAGCUUUUGUGAGUGUUUUUCUAUCUACUUUUCUUCAAGAAAUGUGAAGAGUGCACUCUUCAAUCUGGCCGAAUUAAACGAUAAGAAGGCGUCGCCCAAGACCAGGCACUCUUUGAGGAAGAGCUUCAAGAUCAUCACAAUGUUCAGUAAAUUCUCUAAAGGUUCCGCUGGAGCUGUCAGCGGGAGCCCGCUAGCAGGCGGAGGUGGAAGCGACCCUGGCACUGGUAGUCCUGUAGGAACCAGUGGAGCAGAUGCAGCAAGUGGUUCGAAAAGGGCGAUGACUCCUUCAGGAGGAAGUGGUCCUGCAUCCUCAUCUACAAAUGUAACUCCUACGCAAUCCUUCGUGCCGAGCACUAGCACCAGCGGCGUGGUACAGCGGACUGCGGCUAACGGAUCGACGGCCUCUGGAAGCUCGAGUUCCUACGCCUCAGGAGGCUCGUCACUCUUCAGCAAGCCUAACGGCACUACAUCUUCCACUCCCCAGGCGGGACCCAUCAGUGGAGGCAUGAGUGGCAUGAUGAGCAGUGGUGUGAUGAGUAGCAUGAUGGGCAGCAACAGUAGCGGGCUCCCACCCAUGGAUAAAGGACCUCUUGCCCAACAGUACGAAGUGGGCAAGCUUGUUGCGAGCGGGGGACCGUCAUUUGUAUGGAAGAUCUACGAAGCAUAUCGAAAGUCUGAUGCCAAGGAGGUGUCGGUGUUCAUGUUCGAUAAGCGGAGUGCGGACAAACUGCACAAGCCUCGUCGCAGGGAGACCGUCACUGAGGUCCUCAGACUAGGCAUACGGCACCUGGAACGCUACCGGCACCCCAGACUCUUGCAGGUUGUGGCCGGUCCGGAGGAGACGGCAGACACUCUCUGCUACUACACGGAGCCCAUAUACGCCUCGCUGGCUAACAUCAUCUGCCGCAAUGAAGACAAAGACAAGGAGAAAGACAAGGACAGAGAGAAGGAGAAAAACAACGUCUACAAAGACUACAACUUCAUGGAAGUCGAGAUAAAAUAUGGCAUGCUGCAGAUUACAGAGGCGUUGUCGUUCCUGCACUACACGUCGCGAGUGCUGCAUCGCAACGUCACGCCCACCUCCAUCUUCAUCACCAAGCGCGGCACCUGGAAACUGGCAGCACUCGAGUUUGCCGAAAAACUGAGCGACGGAGAUGACAAGGAGAGCGUGACCGUGCCUUGCUGGACCUCGAGAGCUCCUAAGAUGGCGCAGCCUGACCUCGACUAUAUCGCCCCAGAGGUGCAAUUGAACGCGCGUGCGUCAGUUCACUCGGACAUGUUUUCGCUCGGCCUUUGUUUAGCCGCUGUGUUCAACAACGGCAAGUCGCUCAUCGAGGCUCAGCAUUCUAUUUCUCAGUACACCAAACAGCUCGACACGAUCAGUGACCAAAUCAACACGCUGCUCCCGAAGAUUCCGAUCGGCCUCCACGAAGCUGCCGUCAAACUUGUCAACCGAGAUUCCAACAAACGACCCACGGCCCAACUUUUGGCGCACAUUAAAUUCUUCAACGAUCCUGUGGUGCAGGCCCUGCAGUUCCUCGACGUGAUCAACAUGAAGGAUCCGAACCAAAAAGGAACGUUCUACCGCACUACGCUCAUCCAAGUCUUGCCUCACACGCCCAAAAAACUCUGGUUCCUGCACAUUUGGCCGUCAUUGCAACAAGAAAUGCGAACACAAGAAGUGCUCGCUGCCGUCUUGCAGCCCGUGCUGCACAUUGUGUCCAAGAUAUCCAGCGAUGAAUACCAGCACAUUGUGUUGCCACAUUUCAGAGGUGUUUUCAACCAACCAAAAACAAUACAAGCAUCGGUAACGCUCCUGGAAAACCUGCACAUCAUUCUUGAGAAAACUCCGCCAGAAGAUAUAGACACAGACCUCCUGCCCCUGAUCUACGCAGGGCUGGACUCCAACACCGUGCAAGUCCAGGUUGCGGCGCUUACAGCAGCUACUCACAACUCACAAUUUCUGGGCGUUGAAGAAAUCAAGAUGAAAGUUUUGCCAAGAGCGAAGAACAUUUAUGCACAGAACCCCAAUGACGUUCAUCUUUGCCUCACAGUCUUCAGCUGCCUCGAAAAAAUAUUAGAUAAGCUGGAGCGGUCGUCAAUCAUCGACGACGUGUUACCAAUUCUGUACGACGUUAAGCUUCAGGAUGCUGAAGUUACUGUUAAAGUCGUCAACAUCUACCGGCUAAUGCUGCACGACAAGAAGUUUGGCCUGAGCAUCAACCAGCUGGCGAACCGCGUGCUGCCAUCUCUCUUGCCGUUAACUGUAUAUCCAACUCUGCAGUUAGAGCAUUUCUCAUUUAUUCUCGGCACCAUCUACGAAAUGCUCGAUGUCAUCGAAAAACAGCAACGCAACAAGCUGAAGCUGGACAGCCUGUCUAGUCCGGGCGACAAGCGGAUGCUGCGACACCAGCUCAGCAGCGACAACAUGAACCUGUCGCCCUUCUCAUCAUCGGUGCCUGGCGUCAAGAUCCACGACCCGCGCAUGUCUACGAGCGCUGAAGAUUUCUGGUCCAGGAGAGGCUCAUCAGCGUCUGUUGGUGGUCCGUCCUCGCCAGACUCGCACUUGUUGCGCGUUCAAUCGUCGUUCAUCGGGCGACGUCUCUCUGACAACUCCCUCAUCAUGCCGCCCCGCAUCCACGUGAACCAUUCCUCCUGCUCCUCCCCCGGCGACGGCUCCCUCGGGGCCUUCCCCAUCAGGAGACACUCCAGUUUUGGGGCCGAAAGAAGGGGGUCCACUUGCAUGAAUCUGUCCCCGCCUACGGUAGGGGGGCUGUGCCGAUCCCUGGGCGCUGCGGUAGCGAACACAAGUCGCAGCGUGCCCAUGCUCCUCACGCCUGGAUCCAACGCCUCCAGUCGGCGGCCCUCAACUUGUUCGAUCUCGUCUUUUGGGGGCAUGGACUCCAGAAGGUCCUCCGCAACCUCUAUGGGCUCACCGUCCAUGAAUGCUGCCUUUAACCGAUCUCGGAGGCCGUCGACUCUCAUGUCGAACACCUCUAGCAGCAACCUCCUCCAGCAGUUUUCAUCCGGUGUGGUGAGUACUUAUCAGCUAUUCUCCAGCAAGUAAAACUACGUGGGAUUGCUUCUGUUCAAGCUGCUCAUGGAUCAGUCUUCAGCUUCACCAUGGCCCGUUCUCUCCCAGCAAGUUCGUCGCAGGCGAGCAAUGAGUGGAAUUACUGGCACCAAAUCUAUAUUAUUAAUUACUUUUUUUACACCGCUCUGCGAAACUCUAUCGUGCGGUAGAUAGAUUCACUUGGUAUCCAUUGAAAUGUCCUUAACGAAUUUAUAAUUUAAAAUCAAUCGUCUACAUUUCUCGGUAGACUUUUUCUACGAGAAGAAAGAAUGAAUCAAGAUAUGAAAAAAUCCUUUUUGUGCAUAUCUUCGCAUACGCCACAUUUUGUCGGAAGUGUAGGUAGCUAUUCCCAUUGAAAAAUAAGGAACCUGAAUUUGAUUUGAAGUGCUUUCUCUCAUGUUGCGAACAUUUUAGGAUUUAAACAAAUAUAUCCUCAUCGGUAAUUGGUCAUCAAUUUCAAGGUAGAUUUUUGAGUCAGCUGACGGCAAGCGAUGCAUCAAUUUUCUCUCUUAAAUGAAAGACGAGAUCGCUUUUUCAGCUCAUAAAUAAACAUGUCCUCAAAUAUCUCAUAUUAUAAACAGGCAAAUUGUUUCACUGGAAAUUCUUUCCUUAAGGCAUUCAAAUUCUCACUAUAUGAUAAAUUCUUAGGUAUGAUAUUAAACGUGUCAUUAAAUUUGUGAAACAAAUCAUAUUAAUUCAGUUUCAACGAAACCCAUCUCGGGUUACUGGUGGCUCAGUAAUAUGUACGUCUCAGCUCAUGGUAAACUGAGACAACUUUCAUUCAAUUCCGAGACAAUUGUGCAGCAGAAAUUUUUAUAAUUCAAGAUUUACGAGAUCGAGAAACAUUUUGAAAGCAGUGAGGAAUUGAUACAAAAAUCGUACUAAGUAACCACAUUCAAAAAAUAUUCAUACCGUUUUGAAAGAAUAAGUCAUCAGAUAUUUUGGUCAAUAAAAAAAAUACUCCAAUCAUUAUCUCAAGUAAUUUUGUUUUCAAGAUCAUUUCGUACAAUGAAAUUGACCUAAGAAGUUUAUUUUAACAUCAGACUGAAUGCUAAAAUUAUUCGAAUCUGCCUCAAAAUUCGGAAGUAUUUAUAAUCAUGCAACGAAAAAGUUUUCCUGCGAGCCAUGACAAAGCCUAAAAUAACGUUUUAUUGUGAAAAUUUAGGAUUUCUAGAGACUCCUGAUAUCUCCGUCAUCGUGUGUGUACGAUAGAACAGUGCUUAGUGGAUAUUGCUCGUUUAGAGAAACUUUUAUUUUACGUAUUUUUGUGCGUAGAUUUCACUAAGCUUCUUCUUAUCAAACUCAAUCUGUUUUUUCCGUCUUCAUAUCAUAUGAGCAUCGAUUAUCUUGGAGACAGCAUUAUUAUCAGUGCCAAAUUUUUUUUUCAUUUAACUCUAACUAAUAUCAAAACACAGAGAAAUCGGUUCCGUAACCACCUCGAUAUCAGUUUAUAUUUAAGAUUCCUAAGCCAGGAGUCUGCUCGCUGGCAUUGAAAUGGAUUAUUCCCCGCAGGAUAAACCCCAAGUAUCUUCCAGUAGAACUCAAUGCGUGUGUGGGGAUUCCCAUAUUCUGCUAUAUCAAAGUUCGUGAGGUUAAUAAUCGAAUCUUUUUCUUUGUGUCCGGGUUUACUUUUCAAAGGACGAGAAGCGUGCUGGCAUGCUUCUCGGCCGUCUGUGCCCCUUGAUCCUGCGGGAUAUUCUCUGGUUUUCGUCUCGAACAAUCACAGUUUUGAAUCACACCGUACGCUUCUACAUUAAAAAAAUCACUAAAAUUACUCUUAGCCGCUAUGUGUGUAGAAUUAUUUUAUAAUUGAAGAUCUAUCUUGCACAAUUGAAUCAUUUUUUUUCCUUAUGGUUAAUACAACCUAGAGUUCGACAUUUUUCUACCCGAUUGAGUUGUUUCGUAACAACCCUUAAUUUGAAUCUUAAGAGUCCCGAACUCCUUUUAUAACAAUUGAUUUAUAUAAACGAACUUGCCAUGACUAAUUUAAUUAUUACUCAUUAUUUAGACUGUGUUUUCACAAAUACAGCUCACAUUGAAUAUUAUAGGUGCUGAUCAUUCAUCACUUUCUCGAACGAUUUUCCUAUGGUUGUAUCUAUGCCAGUUGAGAAUGUGAACAGCACUACUGCUAUAAUUUGAACUAGCAAUUGAAAUUUUUCGCCUUAUGUUCAUAAUACUUUAAUACUACGAAGAACUUAAAAUUGCUCUCAAAUUUAGGAUAUAUCGAGUUUUUCGGAUGUUUCAAGUCUAUCGAAGUUGUACAACACCAUAAUUAAUAUAUGGACUGCACAUACAUGUUAUGAUAUUCUGUGAUGUGUUCUGUGUGGUGCUUAGUUGUUUAAUAAGUUACAUGAUCUGUCUUUUGAAGCGUUGCAAAGUAAACAAGAUUAUUAUUUUUGGAUAUUGGAUUAUAUCAUUCACAAGCAUUUAUUAUGAAGUGUUAACUGUGGUAUUAAAAAAAACUAACUUAAUGGUAUAUUUGUGCGAAUUUGGGAUAAGCAACAAGAGAAAUAUGUCUGGAACAGUUAGAUUCGAUUACAAGCAUAUCUGUUCAUUGACGAUAAAAUUGGCUGAAGCAUGAAAAUAAUAAUUAAAACUCUCUUUAUAGUCAAUUUAGUGUGGUACAGCAGUUAUCUUCACUCCGAAUGACGAGGCCUCGGAAUUUGAAAUGCACUGCGUAUAAUAAAUCUAAUCAAUAUGUAUCCUUCUCAUAAAUAUUUCAGUCUUCAUAAAUAUCAGCCGGGGCCUUGCUAGAACAGUUAAUUUACCUUCAGCAUGGCUUAAUGCACUGCACUCACUGGUAAGGUUUAGAGCUUAAAAAUUAUGACUGAUUAGGAUCAGAAAUAAAAACAAGUACUCAUUAUCCAAUUCUUGCAAGAAGAAUACAAAUUUACACAAUUUGAUAACACAGCCGUGGAACAUUCUAUCAAUGGAGUUUUCGCAUAUCUAUUUCUUUUAAGCUCUGUAAAUGUUCAUCAAUAAGAAGCAUGACAGAUGAACUGGGAAAUAAAAUCACAUGAUGUAAAAUUUUAUGUGAAGGGUUUAAAUCCCAAUGAAUUCUUCGAUAUUUUACUAUUUUAUUUUUUUAAAAUACGAGUAUUGACGUGACAAUUUCGUCUAAAUUGGUAUUUUACAAAUAAGUUGACCCACAUCUGACGAAAUCAGCCGAAAAUAGAUGUGUUUUGCCAAAAAUAAAUAAAAAAUAAAUAAAUUUUGGUGUAGCAAAGUUUCACUUGUGCUAGAGAAAUUUUCUAGGGGCUUGCAAUGAACGUAAAACAAUAAAUUUAACACGGAAAUGUUUUGGAUCAUUCGCCAUGGCUAAUGAAGCCCUCUCAUAGAUAAAUUGUUAACCCAUUCGCAACGAGCGAAGUUGGAAGGAAGAAUAUAUAUAAAGCAUAAAAUAAUAUAACAGUAAUGUAGCGUUAACAGUGUUGUAGAAUGGCUGGGGGCCUCGAACUUCCAACUCGCUUCUUCAAUCUUAAAUAUUUUAUUCACUCGAUCAUUCAAAGCUUAGAGUCAAUAAAAUAAUAAAAAUUUGUUUUUAGGUUCUCAUGACGUUCAAAACGUUUUUUGGAGGAUUAUCAUAAAAUUCGAAACCUGAAGUUGACUUAUUGUUUCACAACAUGAAGCUUAGCUUGUGAGUUCACUGUACGUCAUACGUGUUUUAUGAGUGUUCUAGACUGUAUUAACUAUCAAUUCUGUACUAUUUCUGUGACUAUGAAAUGGAAGUGAAUUUAGCUUCUAUAUGCAGUCACUUAACUAAUUUUCAACACAAAUUUCUCACUUAAAUGACUGUAAAGCUGUCUUUCUAUAUGUAUCGUUAGCAAGUUGGUGGUUUUCUUAACUCUGACUCAAACUUUUUAUCGCAAUUUGUCAGUAAUAUUAUAUUCCCCUUAUCCUAAAAUACUUGUAGCUGCAAUAAUAUUUCGAUUACAAUUUGGUAGUCUUCAACCACUACCAGAUUGUAAUCGAAACAUUAAUACAAUAAACCGGUCACGACAAGUAAAAUACAGUAAUUUGAUCAAUUGAUUGAUUUUUCUGACAAGUUUCGGUAGUUAUGCGUCUGUGAGUCAGAUUUCAGAAAGCAUUGUUGUUAUAGAAGUCUUUAUGGUGUUAAUAUAUCCGAGAUUUUAUCGUCAGAGCUAUUGACCUGUACUGUACUAUUCUAUUUAACACAUUGAGAGUAUAUAAUAGAUUAAGCACAUUGUUCGCAUGAUUCUGUCAGUUAAUUUUCGUACCAUUUGUUCACAUUAUUGUGAAGUUUUUGAAUAAUUUGAAAAAUUACUUAACAUAUUAAUUUUAAAAUUCGAGCGUUGCUUCCGAAUAUUACUUAUUUUCCGAAUUACACGAAGCGUUAUUAAGCUACUCAGUUUACAAUGGUUUUUCGUUUUUUUUCUUUUUAAUGUCAAUUUCUUUAAGGGGACAUUUCUCUCACUGUCUUUCUUUAGUAGUCAUUAUAAUCAACCUCUUGAAGAAUGAUUAUAUUUCAGGUUCUUCUUUGCAGAAGGAAGUUCUCGAGUCUGUUGUAUUUUAAUAAAUCUAAAUCAUUUUUUCUUGACAAUUUUAUGAUUUCUUUCUUUGUUGCUCAAAUUUUCAACUUGAACACAUACUACAACCUCUGUACUUGCAAUGUUUUUCUUAAUCCAUCUAAAAAUCAAUCUUUGCUAGAA